AUGAAGUACGCACUCGCUCUUGCUUCUCUUGUUGCCGCUGUUAGCGCGCACUACACCUUCGAUGUCCUCGUCGUCGAUGGCCAGGAGACUUCGAGCUGGCAGUACAUCCGCGAGAACACCCGCGCGGAGAAGUACAUGCCGACCAAGUUCAUCAACUCGCCGUCUAUCACUCCGCUAGAUUCCGACUUCACCUGCAACGAAGGCGCCAACACCAACGCCGGCAAGACCGAGGUUGCCACCGUUGCGGCUGGCUCCGAGCUGGCCAUGAAGCUCGCUUAUGGAGCCCGCAUCCAGCAUCCCGGUCCCGCCCAGGUCUACAUGUCGAAAGCCCCCGGCAACGUCAAGGACUACGACGGCUCUGGCGACUGGUUCAAGAUCUACCAGGACACCGUCUGCACCCCUGGCGUGGAGCUGACUGAAGGAGGCUGGUGCUCCUGGGACAAGGACCGCAUCAGCUUUACCAUUCCGGCCUCCACCCCUCCGGGCCAGUACCUCGUCCGUGCUGAGCAUAUUGCUCUGCACGGUGCCCACGGCGGUGAGGCUGAGUUCUAUUACUCCUGCGCCCAGGUUGAGGUCACGGGCUCCGGCAGCGGAGAGCCCAGUCCUGUCGUUAAGAUCCCCGGCGUGUAUGCUCAGGAUGACGAGGCUGUCAACUUCAGCGUCUGGGGUGCCACUGACUAUCCCCUCAUUCCUGGCCCUGAGGUCUGGUCUGGUUAA